AUUUGCAGGCAUGAUGUUUCUGAGCUGGAGCAAAAGCUUAAGAACAAUCAAAGAUACUCUCAAGUCUUCAACAAAAGGUUGAUAAUUUGGCAUCAAAGGUUUGUUUCUUUUUCCUUACAUAUAUCUUCUUGCUUUGGUCAAUAAUCAUCCUACGGUAAUCCACUAUUUGCUACUUUUCAAAUCGUAGUGCUGCUGUUUAUUAGUGUUAUUCUGUAAUUAUUGUGGUAGUUGAGGCUGUUGCUUAUUUAGAUUGCUGCCGUAAAUAGCUUUUCUUAGUUCAUUAAUCCAGUGGACAUCUUGCCCAUUGCUCUGUAGUCUGUUCUUUUUUUAUUUUUUUUAUUUGGAGAAUAAUCUCUGUAGUCUGUUCUAGUUUAGUUUCUCCACGGAAAUUUUGUUUCCUAUCACAAAGAGAGAAGAAAAGAACGUCUGGUUUAUGCUCUAGCUAUCACUCCUACACAAAACACAUACGUGGACACCUAGUUUUUUUUUUCAAGGACGUCUUCUUACUUUGACUGUCAUUUUGGUACCGCGGACUUACAAUGUGGAGCAUCUGACCAGUUCUGUUGUACUAUAGAGCAACUUUUAUCAUUCUACAAAUGUUUUGUUCUUGGGGAUUUCUCUAGCCUGUUGGAUUUUCUUAGUUUGUAGGAAGAUGACAUUUUGGUUUCAAAGAAUCACUGGAGGUAGCUUGUGGAGAGGUAUUUGAAGCAUGUGGUUGAAAACAGACUUAGAAAGUAGGUCUCUCUUUCCUUCUUUUCUUCUCAGUUCUCCUAUAUGUACUGAAUUAUACUUUUUAAUUGUUAUGCAGUUGUGCCACUCUUUUUCGUUUCCAUCAUACUCACCAGUGACGGUUCCUUUUUAUGUCAUGAAAAUGGGUGACGAGAAUGCUUUGGCUCUUUCUUCUCUCCCAAUAGACAUUUAUGCAGCUAAAUAUGUGAAAGAGUAUAUUGAAGGAGCAAAACCAAUUUUUUCUGUUGGGGAGUAUUGGGAUUCUUGCAACUACAAUGGUCAUGGUUUGGACUACAACCAAGAUAGCCACAGACAGCGAAUAAUAAGUUGGAUUGAUGGCACAGGACAGUCAACUGCAUUUGACUUCACAACCAAGGGAGUUCUUCAGGAAGCUGUCAAGGGACAAUUAUGGAGAUUACGUGAUCCCCAAGGGAAGCCACCAGGUGUAAUACAGUAGUACAGCUAGCUAGUUCCUAUAUUUAACUUGUGUCUAGUAGAAAUUCUUUCUUCAUUAAGCAUUUGGACUUGUCUGCAGAUUUAGAUUAGUAGAUAUGGGCCAUUUUGAAUUGAUGCUCAUGAUUAGGUUUGUGUACAUGAGAUAAUGGUGGAUUAGUGGAAAUUGCAAUGAGUGAUUUUGGAUGUGGAUUUUGUGGUUUCA